AUGCGGGUUAGGAACACCGAUUAUUUGGUUUCGGUGCCGUCAAACAGCUUUGGCUUUCAGGCACGACUACUUGGCACCAGACAAAGCAAAGGCUCGGUCAAUUCAUCGGAAGGCGGCAGACGUCGCCCGACCAAUGCGCCGACGCGGGGCUCGCGGAGUCCAGGCCGUGACACACGAAGAAAGCGGGAGAGGAGAGGGGAGAAGACCAUAGAGGAGGCUAUAAGAGCUGCAGCCGCCGCCGCCGCCGCCUCAGUCACUUACUCAACUCCCCCGCACUCCACCAUGACUUCUCUGCACGUGCGGCAGCUGGCGCCACCGGCGACGAUCGCACUGCUCCUGGCGGUGGUUGCCGGAAGCUUUGCGUUUCCUGCGCAGGAUGCGGACUUCGGAUCGGAAGGUGUAAGGGUGAAGCGUGUGGCUGGCGGACAAAAAGUGGAAGUAACUGUGGUUCCUUAUCAGGCCAAGAUCGAGCAUCCUAAUGGCAUUUGUGGAGCGACAAUAAUUCAUCCUUCUUUCGUUCUGACGGCAAAGCAUUGUGUCAAAUGCGGCGUGACGGUGGCGCGCCGAGCCAGCGCGGCCGCCGCCGUCGUGGCGCAUGGUGCGGCGCGUCCUCGCCUCCGGGACAAGGCGCAGCUGGACGAGCGCGCCGAUGGCUUGCCGCGGGAGCGUCCUCCCCACCGCCGUCAUGGGCGACAUCGCCUCGUGCGGCGAAUCGGGCGGCCGCUGGUUGUGCGCCGGCAGGCUGACGGCGUGGUGAAGGCGGGCGCGGCUGGCGGGGAGAGCAUUGCAGUCACAAAGUACACGAGGUGGCCCGUACGGCGCGCGGUGGCCAGCAAAGUGAAGGAGGCCGAGGAGUCGGCCUGGGCUUCGCGAGGAAGGGCGCCUAGCACGCUCGGCACGCACGCGGAGAGCCAUUCGCGUAUUCGACUGCGCUCUAAUUGUGAAAAUCAGCAGCAUACAUUGUCAAACAUUUCUUUAAAAAUCAAGUUUACAAAAUCAAGUUUACAAAAUCAAGUUUACAAAAUCAAGUUUACAAAAUCAAGUUUACAAAAUGAAGUUUACAAAAUCAAGUUUAAAAAAUCAAGUUUACAAAAUCAAAAUAAAUUAGAUUCAAGUUUCGUACGUGUCUUUAUGAAUAAAAAUCUUUAUUUUUACAAAAAGACAUUCUUUCAACUGAUAAGUUUAAAGAUAUUUUUUGAAAUGGAAAUUAAUUAUGUUAAGAAAUUUCUAACGAAAUUAAAAAGUUUAUCUAUUUUAAAAUAUAAAAAAAGGGAUUUUUUCAUGGAAAUUUUGAUUACAAUUAUAACAUUAAUUGCAUCAAAAUUUUCUUCAAUUCAUAGUAAU